GGAAGCGCCGAGGCUGCCUGACUGGAAUGAGGGUAGCCGCGGCGUCUGCGGGAGCCGGGCCGGCCAUGGCGGUGUGGACGCGGGCUACCAAAGCGGGGCUCGUGGAGCUGCUCCUGAGGGAGCGCUGGGUCCGAGUGGUGGCCGAGCUGAGCGGGGAGAGCCUGAGCCUGACGGGCGACGCCGCGGCGGCCGAGCCCGAGCCGACGCUGGGGCCGCCGGCGGCUUUCAACGGCCUCCCGAACGGCGGCGGCGCGGGCGACUCGCUGCCCGGGAGCCCGAGCCGAGGCCUGGGGCCGCCGAGUCCGCCCGCGCCGCCGCGGGGUCCCGCGGGCGAGGCGGGCGCUUCGCCGCCCGUGCGCCGGGUGCGAGUGGUGAAGCAGGAGGCGGGCGGCCUGGGCAUCAGCAUCAAGGGCGGCCGCGAGAACCGGAUGCCGAUCCUCAUCUCCAAGAUCUUCCCGGGGCUGGCGGCGGACCAGAGCCGGGCGCUGCGGCUGGGCGACGCCAUCCUGUCGGUGAACGGCACGGACCUGCGCCAGGCCACUCACGACCAGGCCGUGCAGGCGCUGAAGCGCGCGGGCAAGGAGGUGCUGCUGGAGGUCAAAUUCAUCCGAGAAGUAACCCCAUACAUCAAGAAGCCAUCUCUAGUGUCAGACCUUCCAUGGGAGGGUGUGGCUCCACAGUCACCAAGCUUUAGUGGCAGCGAGGACUCUGGUUCUCCGAAACACCAGAACAGCACCAAGGACAGAAAAGUCAUCCCUCUUCGAAUGUGCUUUGCUGCUAGAAACCUAAGCAUGCCAGAUCUGGAAAACAGAUUGAUAGAGCUGCAUUCUCCUGAUAGCAGGAACACGUUGAUCCUCCGCUGCAAGGAUACAGCCACUGCACACUCCUGGUUCGUAGCUAUCCACACCAACAUAAUGGCUCUCCUCCCACAGGUGUUGGCAGAACUCAAUGCCAUGCUUGGUGCUACCAGUACAGCGGGAGGCAGCAAGGAAGUCAAGCACAUUGCCUGGCUGGCAGAACAGGCAAAACUGGAUGGUGGAAGACAGCAAUGGAGGCCUGUCCUCAUGGCUGUGACUGAGAAGGACUUGCUGCUUUAUGACUGUAUGCCGUGGACCAGAGAUGCCUGGGCGUCACCAUGCCAUAGCUACCCUCUUGUUGCCACAAGGUUGGUGCAUUCUGGAUCUGGAUGUCGGUCACCCUCCCUUGGAUCUGACCUUACAUUUGCUACCAGGACAGGUUCGCGGCAGGGCAUUGAGAUGCAUAUCUUCCGGGUAGAGACACACCGGGAUCUGUCAACCUGGACCAGGAUACUUGUUCAGGGUUGCCAUACCGCAGCCGAGCUGAUCAAAGAAGUUUCCCUAGGCUGCACCUUAAAUGGUCAAGAAGUAAGACUCACUGUCCACUAUGAAAAUGGGUUCACUAUCUCCAGGGAAAAUGGAGGCUCCAGCAGCAUUGUAUACCGCUACCCCUUUGAACGGCUGAAAAUGUCUGCUGAUGAUGGCAUCAGAAAUCUCUACCUGGAUUUUGGUGGUCCUGAGGGGGAGCUGACCAUGGACCUGCACUCUUGUCCAAAGCCGAUUGUAUUUGUGCUGCACACUUUCUUGUCGGCCAAAGUCACUCGCAUGGGACUGCUUGUGUGAGCAGCAGACAUCAGUGAAGAGCUCUGGCGACCACAAGAAGUAUUUCCACCUCACACAAAUGACAGCUCUUUGUUCUCUCCUCCAGUACCGUGCCUUCCCAAGGACCUGCAAUCACUGCUGAACCAGAACUGGUUUAAAGAAAAGCCUACCUUUCCCAAGCCACGCAGGCCAGAAUUGCUAGGGUUCUUAUAAGCUCCAAAAUGAAGCUGUUGAUGUAUCUUCUCCUUUCACAAUAUGGUUUACAAGUAAUUAGGUUUAUUUCCUGGUGGCUCUUUGUUUUUCUUUUUUGACAUACCAAAUAGCCAGGAAAGGUUUUUCUUUUCUUCUGCAGGAUUUGUCUCAAGCUUAGCCUCUCUGUUUUAUUUAGGAUGACUGUUUCUGCCUAGGUGCUAGUGUGUAGCAGCCAUUGCUUCUUGGUCAUAUGUGGUGUAGGAGUCUACGUCUUCCCUGUUCCUUCCUCUCUAGAAAGCCCUUGAAUUGCAUCACCAAAGGGUUCCUCCCUCUGCCUUGGCUCUCACUGUAUCCCACCCCACCCAUCACUGCCCACCUUAUCACCAGCUCUGUCCCACGAAAGUGCUAACUUUAGGAGUCAGAACUUGCACAAUGCAAUUCGUCUUGCCUCUCUUAUUAGUGGUGUCCAGGUUGAAAAGCAAGCUGGAAAACAUUGCUUUGGAAGAAAAAAAAAUUGACUUGUAGAUUUUUCUGAUUUUAUCUUUGGCAAGAGCCAGGGAACGAAUAGUCUAAGGUUUAUUUUAAAAGAAAAUCCUCAUUUUAAGCUAAGCCAUUUUUUUAUUGCUUACCAAAUGUGCCUUUGGUUAGGGUUAGUGGAGCUUUACUAGUGGCUAUUUUAAUGACUGGAUAUCACUGCCAUUUCAGGGAUAUCAUCUAUCCUUGCUCUGACAAAUUAUCCUCAGGGUGUGUUUCUUUAAUGACAUCUUGUUUAGUGGGCAGACCUCUUGGAGAAAGAUAAAUCCAGGAGUCUGUGGGUUAGGCUAGCCUUUCAGCACUAAUAUGUGGGGUUUCUUUGGGCUGUUUGUGCCCAUGUGGGUCCUCACCCCCAGCCCUCCCUUUGGUGGGUAAGGUGCUGGGCGUGGCCAGGGUAAUGAGGCUCAGCUACCUGCAUUUUGUUCAGCAUCGCCAAGGGUCAUUAUUAGGAUAUAGUAGCAGGGAAAAGGAACACCUUUAAGUGUGAUUCUUAGAGAAUCACACUUAAAGUUUUCCUAAUUUUGAAGGAGAGCUAUAUAGUCUGAAACAUUUAAAAUGGAUUAUCUACACAAAAUGUCUAGAUAAGCACAGUUCCUGGAUCUGAAAGAAAAGGAAAUACUGACUUGAUAUUCUCAGUUCUCCAAAGAAAAGUGUAGGAAUAGCUCUCGUUUUUUAGAUUUGUCAAGAGUAGCACACGAGGAUAUGAGCAAUACAGGUGAUGGCAUUCGUGUGUGUGUGUGUGUGUGUGUGUGUGUGUGUGUGUGUGUGUGAUGCAAACCCUGAGCUAUUUGGUUUGAACAUAGACUAUGGGAGAGCCCUUUGGAAGAGCAAACACCCAGCAAACUCUGUAGCACCUCAUCCUCCUGCUAUCAGAGGCCAGGCCGCCCUCUGUGCUGCAGUAAGAAAAUAAGUAGUAAAGCUCCCAAAAUGAACGAUCAGAUCUACCUAAGACUGGAAGUGAAAAUCUAGACAAAAGCAUUUUCAGGAGCUUUUUUAUGUGUUUGAAAAUACAUAAACCUAAGAUUGGUUCCAUCUGAGACACAGUUGCAAUUCAGGAGGAAAUAUGUUUUUAAGUUCCCAGUCUGAUUUCUGCAAGCCGAAUUUCAACCAAUAGCCAUCUCAGAAAAGAGAGCGUGUUGGCUCCUCUUAUUGUUAAGAUGAGAGGUUGAACAACGCACAUUUGGUUGAAGUUUUCUGUGUUCAUGUGAAAGGCUAAACAACAGAGAAGAUUCUAGCCACCCUGCUCAAAGGCAAUAUGAAGAAGAUCUGAAAAUAGCUGUGAGGACAAUGGGGACAGGUAAGAGAGUUCAGCUCAUUUUGCUCAACUUGAGACUGUCAUGUGCAGCACCAAUUGAGGCCACAGACUUAAUGUCACUAGGACUUGAAGUGAGAUUAAAAUGUAGAGGAAGUUCUCAUCCACUAGCAAAAGCCCUCUGCCACUGUUUUCUCUACUGCCUGUUCAACAUACUUGAACAACCAGCCUGGCACAACGGGGCAAGGUUGUUACUCUGUGUGGGAUUUUCAGACCACAAAGUGCUCCUUAUGUGCGGGGCACCUUGACAUGUACCUACUAUUUUGUAUUUCAAUGCCAAAGUAUGGCAGAUCAUUUUCAAAUGAUACUUAAAAAUGGGCAUCUUCUUUGUUUCCUCUUUUUAUAGAGCCAGUUAAAUUACCAUUUGUUUUUCAUAUUUGAAUUAGGGAAAUUGUUGGUAAUACGUUGGGCUCCUGUGUAUGGAAUGGAAAGGGGACUGCAGAGCAGUGCUCCUCCUCCGUCCAUAGACCACUUCCAGUGCCCGAGGCUGGGCCUCGGAAGCCUUCCACACUCAAGCAGCCAGCUCCCCUCUCCCACAAUGCCUCUCUCCUUCCUCCCCAAGAAGGAAAAAAAAAAGGCUUAGC